AUGUAACCUCGACUCCUGUUUACUUGGUUGCGUCCUCCCUCCAGCGCCAAAUCUUUCCUUCCACUCCGCUUGAAUAAGAAGUCACAGAUCGUGUUGUGUGCAGGCCGCCGACUUCUGACAACUUGAAACGCAAUCCUAUCGAGCAGAGAUGGACAUUUUGACUGUGUUGCCGUCCCACUUUGGCUAUGCCAUAUUCACCUACCUCUACAGCUGGAUUAUGCUGGGCUACUUGGCAGUAAAAGUCGGGGGUGCCCGGAAGAAGUACGACGUCAAGUAUCCCACAAUGUACAGUGACAAGGAGCAGGUAUUCAACUGUAUCCAGAGAGCGCACCAGAACACGCUGGAGGUGUACCCUCAGUGGCUCGUCUUCCAGACCAUUGCAGCUCUUGUCUACCCGUUAUCAGCAUCGGUGCUGGGGGCUAUUUGGGUGACCAGCAGGUUUUCCUACGCCUGGGGCUACUACACAGGAGAUCCAUCCAAGAGGAUGUAUGGUGCCUAUGGCUACAUUGGAUACUUCGGUGUCAUCUUCCUGUCCAUAUCUGUAGCCUUGCAGUUGCUUGGAGUCUUUUAAGACAAUUGCCAUCUUGUUUACUCAUUUAUACUGGCUUGUAUGGCAUUUUCAAAUGUAUCAACUAUAAAGUAGCUGUACAAUUCUUUGUAUACUGAUUUCAAAUCAUGAUGCUAAACACAUUUUUGUGGACCACUAACUUGCUACUUGAUAUCUUUUUAUUCCAUCUAUUCGUUUGUGAAUGUCUUCAUGUGAUCGUCAAUAAAGUAAAGUAGAUGCUGAUUGAUGCUACAGCCCUGGGGGGGGGGGUUUCUCCAGUACCCUGUUUGCAGUUGCAGGCCUUACAUUUUGUGAAUAAUGAAAGGGGCUGCAGCAUGCUUGAAGGCCCCAUGUGACUCUCACAUGAUGUCCCAGGCACGGGUCUCAGAUCCGAUUAUACAGCAAACGGCUUCAAGAACACCAACAGGUUGUUUUAGCAAUCAAUAACGGAUCUAAGAGAAUGUUCUGUUGAUUGUGUCAACUUCUUUCCUCUGAGAUAAAGUGUAAACUUUCAAUAAACAGCAUGUUUCAAUCAA